UUUCAUGUUACCGGUUACAUUCUUCCGUUGGUAGAGCAAAGGUUUUUUUUACCACAAUUUAAUCUAAUAACCAUCUAAUAAUCAUCACUUAACACCAUUUUGUCCUUCAGUUCUCUUAAAUUGUGCCGUAAUAAUCUCUAUACAUUAUGGAUUUAAUAAUCAUCCUAGGUAAAACAAUAUCUCCAGCUCAAAAUGAACGUGAAGCAGCUGAAAGAUUUUUGGAGCAAGCUGCGGGGACUAAUUUUCCUGGAUUUCUUAAAGCCUUAUCAGAUGUUCUCGUUAAUGUCAACAAUGACCAAAUAGCUCGAACAGCAGCAGGUCUGCAGCUCAAAAAUGCCCUCACAUCGAAAGACCCAGACAUACGAACACAAUAUCAGCUCAGAUGGUUGAGCCUUCCUGAAGAUGUGCGUAACCAUGUUAAAGCAAAUGUUAUUAACACCCUUGGAACAGAAUCGAGUCGUCCAUCAUCAGCAGCACAAUGUGUCGCAUAUAUAGCUGUAGCUGAAUUACAACAUAAAAUGUGGCCCGAUUUAAUCGGACUUUUAACUCAAAAUGUUACCAAUCCUAAUAGUACUGAAAUGAUGAAAGAAGCCACUUUAGAAGCAAUUGGUUAUAUUUGUCAGGAUAUUGAUCCAGAGGUCCUCGUUUCACAGUCAAAUGAAAUUUUAACAGCUAUAGUUCACGGAAUGCGAAAAGAAGAAACAAACAACCAUGUUAAAUUAGCAGCUACCAAUGCACUUCUCAACUCAUUGGAGUUUACCAAAGCCAAUUUUGAUAAAGAUUCAGAAAGACAUUUUAUAAUGCAAGUUGUUUGCGAAGCAACGCAGUCAGAUAACAUGCAGGUUAAAGUAGCUGCACUCCAAUGCUUAGUUAAAAUAAUGUCUUUAUAUUAUCAACACAUGGAACAUUAUAUGGGCCCAGCAUUAUUUGCCAUUACUAUGGACGCCAUGAAAAGUGAUAUUGAUGAAGUUGCACUUCAAGGUAUUGAAUUUUGGUCUAACGUUUGCGAUGAAGAGGUUGAUUUAUCAAUAGAAGCAUCUGAAGCCAGUGAAAGAGGCCGUCCUCCAGCAAGAACUUCGCGGUUUUACGCGAAAGGAGCACUUCAAUAUUUAGUACCAAUUUUGAUGCACACUUUAACGAAACAAGAAGAGGGAGAUGACGAUGAUGAAUGGGUACCAUGUAAAGCAGCAGGAGUUUGCCUUAUGCUUAUGGCAAGCUGUUGUGAAGAUGAUAUAAUUCCCCAUGUUCUGCCUUUUAUUAAAGAUAAUAUCAAAAAUCCAGAUUGGAGAUUCCGUGAUGCCGCUGUGAUGACUUUCGGCUCUGUUUUAGAAGGUCCUGAUCCUACACAAUUAAAACCCAUCGUUGAACAAGCAUUACCUACUUUGAUAGAACUUAUGGAAGAUAACAGUGUCGUUGUUAGAGACACAGUUGCUUGGACUAUUGGUAGAAUCUGUGAAUUAAUCCCAGAUUCUGUUCUUGGUUCUGCUCUUGAUCCAUUGAUCACUACCCUCCUUAAAGGUUUACAUGCUGAACCUAGAGUCGCAGCCAAUGUAUGCUGGGCAUUCAAUUCACUUGCUGAAGCAGCAUAUGAUGAAGGGAGUGAAGGCCAAGAACCACAAACCUAUGUUUUAUCCAAAUAUUUCGAGUAUAUUGUCAACGAAUUACUGAAAACAACGGAAAGACAAGAUGCUGGUCAAGCAAACCUUAGAUCAGCAGCUUAUGAAGCAUUAAUGGAAUUGAUUAAGAAUAGUUCAACAGAUUGUUAUCCCGCCGUUCAAAAAGUAUCAACAGUUGUUUUGGGUCGACUUCAACAAAUUCUACGUUAUGAGACACAACCAAGUGUUAUUAACAAUAGCAAUGAGAGAGCUAUCUAUAGUGAACUCCAGUCAUUAUUAUGUGCAACACUUCAAGCCGCUCUUAGAAAAUUGAAGCCAGAUGAUGCUCCACAGAUCUCUGAUGCUAUUAUGACAGCACUUCUUCAAAUGUUUAAUUCGGCAGUUAAAACGGGUGGUGUCCAAGAAGAUGCGCUUAUGGCUGUUGGUACCUUAGUCGAAGUUUUGGGUGAAGGUUUCAUCAAGUACAUGCAAGCCUUUGGUCCUUUCCUUGCUAUAGGUCUUAAGAAUUACCAAGAAUAUCAAGUGUGCAACGCGGCAGUCGGGCUUGUUGGUGAUAUUUGCCGAGCAAUCGGCAACAAAAUACUACCUUUCUGCGAUCCAAUUAUGGUUCAAUUAUUAGAAAAUCUCUCAAAUGAUAAUCUUCAUCGCAGUGUUAAACCUCAAAUUUUAAGCGUAUUUGGAGACAUUGCUCUGGCUGUUGGAGCUGAAUUUAAGAAAUAUUUACCUAUAGUCUUGCAAACUUUAGCCGGAGCAUCCCAAUUUCAAGUUGAUCGCAGUGAUUAUGAUCUAGUAGAAUACAUGAAUGAGUUGAGAGAAAAUUGCCUCGAAGCUUAUACCGGUAUCGUUCAAGGUUUAAAAGGUGAUAAAGAGCAACCAAAUCCAGACGUGAAUUUGCUAAGUGAACAUGUUUCCCAUAUGAUUCAAUUUAUAAUGAUUGUCGCUUCCGAUCCCGAGAUCACUGAUAGUCUGAUAGCUGCUUGUGCUGGUUUAAUAGGUGAUCUAAGUUCCGCUUUUGGUCCCGCUGUUACUCAAUAUUUAGACGUUGACGUGAUUCAUCAAUUACUCAAUAAAGGAAAACAUUCAAAAACAUCAAAGACAAGAUUGCUAUCGACCUGGGCUAUCAAAGAAAUUCGUAAACCCAAGAUCGGCCUGUAACAUCUCUUCCUAUGAAUGAAAACAUUUUUUAUAUCUCUGCUGCGAUCCAAACUCACUCAAUCACACAAACACACCACCCCUUUAAAACCUGAAAAAAAUUACAUAAAACAAAUUUAUCCAUGAAAGCAAAGCAAUUCUUUCUAAUCUGAAUUGGAAUUUGAACUCGUUUAGAAAAAAUUCUAAAUUUAUAUAAAUGUAAACUUGGUACAGUAAAGCCUCGGUUAAUGCAUAAAAGCCCAUUUAUUGUUUUUCAUAUUAACUUUUCAGCAUUAACAGUACAACUGUAAAAAAAAAUAUUUUGAAUUGGACCAAUUGAAUUGGUUAAUUGCAACGCCACCUCUGGUCGAUUGAUUAAAAACCCCAUGAUUUUAUGCAUUAAGCGAGGUUUCACUGUAAUUAAAAUGUAAUCCAUUUGUUUAAGCAUGCCGAUCUUAGAUGAUCAUUAAGUUGACAAUUUGAUUCUCACACUCAAUGUACAAUCAAUAUACAAUCAUAAAAGGAAAGCGUCUGAGUCAAUUGAA